GCCUAGUCUCAGGGGUAACUUUUAAUAUUCUGGAACUGAAGCGGUGUAGAGCGCAAGCUGAUAGAUUGACUGACAGUUGAACAGAUGGAAUAACUAACAACAGAAUCGUGUGGACGGGCCACAAAAAGCUAUACGUCACACGCCCUCUGCAUAAGUGCUUCUAAACACUGAAUUCUAUUCUAAUUAGGUUAACAGUGACGACUGCGUCUGUUGUCCAUCACAUGAUUGGCCGGUCUUUUGCAUUUCGAGCGACAUUCUGUCGGGUUGGGAUUUGGUUUUAGGAUGUUGUUGGUGAGUACUUGCUUCGUUGUGGUUGUGCUUGUCGCUCGUACUGAAGGGAACGGGCACCAGCUCGUCACUUUCAAUGCUGGACUGCAACCGGACGGCUCUAUUGCGGCGUGGAAGGAGAGAAAAGAAGCUCUCAAGUCGGCGAUCAAUGCUUCGUCCGCAGAUGUGAUAUGUCUUCAAGAAGUCAUUCGUCAGCAAGACAUUCUUGAUGUUGUGGGUGCCGUGCAGUCACAGUAUCCCUACUGGCAUAGUCGUUCUUCUAUUGGAAUGCCGGGCCAAAUGGUACCGAAAGCGGCAGCAUGCGAUGCUGGGAAAUUGGACCAGCUUCUUGCCUGCAUCAACUCAAGCUGUAAUCCGGGCUGCAGCUUUUCUAGUGGAGCGACCUGUUCUCUUACAAAAUGUAUGGCAGAGGUCAACGGUGUGGGUCAGGAUUGUUUCAAUUGUUUCGACCGGUUGGAUUUCAAGGGUGUGGAUCAAUGUAACAGCAGUGAACGUGAUAAUUUUGUGAAAUCUCAGUGUGCUGCGGCGAUCGAUUCGCAUGUGACCACACACGGGUUGUUGCUACUGAGCAAGCUGGAACUUACGAAUAAAGGAUAUUAUGACUACUAUAGGGAUGUUGUGAGAGUGACUCGAGGCUACUUGUCUGCAGAGGUAUCUGGACUUGGUACCAUUGUGUGUACUCAUCUCGACUAUCGUUCAGUUCAAGACUACGAGCUUGUCCAGUUACUGAGAAAUUUUCCAUCCGGGUUGUUGACGAAUGGAUGUCCUCCCGUAUUGAUGGGAGACUUCAACCACGGACCUGCUCGGCCCGACAAGGGCGUUCCUGAUGACACACUUGGUGAUAAGUAUAACAUCGUGAUCAAUGCUGGUUAUACGUCACCGUAUGCGGACGAUGUGGGUUUGUGUACCAUCUGUCCUACAAAUGGUAUACGGAAGGCUAAAGGGUCGAGGGGUAUUGAAGUGAUUGAUCAUGUGUAUGUGGUUGGUAAUGCGAGAGGUGUUACUGCCACCAAUGCUCAGCGAUACUGGGACAGAGAAAAUGUGACGAGUGUUGGUCCGCUGUCUGACCACUACGGCUCGAGUAUCAAUUACCAGUGCAUGCCAGGCUCGUUGUCAACUGUCCCUUGCACGGGAAAUAGUGCCUACUCUCUUGUUACGUUCAAUGCUGGUCUCCAACCCGACUUAUCUGUUGCUGGGUAUUCAGAGCGAUUGGAAAAACUGAAGACCGAGAUUAAGGCUUCGACUGCUGAUGUUAUCUGUCUUCAAGAGAUCAUUCGUCAACAAGAUCUGCUCGACGUCAUCGAUGCCGUAAGAACCGAGUAUCCCUAUUGGCACGCCCGGGCCGAUACUGUGGGGUUGCCAGGCAAGAUGGCUCCUCAUGCUGCAGCCUGUGGAAGCUGGAAUCUCGAGCAAGUCUUCAGUUGUGUGCUCGCAAAUUGCAGCACCGAGUUGGCUAAAAGUUUUUCCAAAGCUCUCGACUGUGACAAGUGUUCAGCUGUCGUUGACAGGCUGCGGCAGGAAUGCUUCAAUUGCUUUGAUUGGAAAGUGUUUGCUGCCUCUCUCGACAACUCGAAUUCGACGGCUGUGUUUGAAUUUGUGAGAAACAACUGUGGAAGGGAUACCGACGCUUACACGACAACUCACGGAUUGCUGCUGCUUAGCAAGAGCGAACUUGUAAAUAAGGGAUUUUAUGACUAUGAUGUUCCCGGUGUCGUACGUGUUCCGAAGGGAUACAUUUCGGCCGAGAUCAGUGGACUCGGACCCAUUUGUUGUACCCAUCUUGAUUACCGAAGUGCUAUACAACCACCACAACUCACCAAGAUGCUCGCCAACUUCCCAUCCAAUAUAGAUGGUUGUCCUCCGGUUCUCUUGGGAGACUUCAAUCAUGGGCCGGACGUCAUUCGAAAUGGAACAAUUGUGGUUCCGGAGGAAAAUGGCCUGUUCUAUGACAGAGUGGUUGCUGCCAGGUAUAGGUCACCGUAUGUGAGUGAGGUGGGAGAGUGCACCAUCUGCCCGACGAAUGGAAUUCGUGCUGCGAAGGGAAGUGGAGCUGUGGAACUCAUCGAUCAUAUUUAUGUUGGGGCUGCUGAUCAACAGAUUGUUGUGACCGACGUGCAACGAUAUUGGGACAGCAACAACUUGACGUCUGUCGGUCCCCUAUCUGAUCAUUUUGGUGUCUUCCUAACCUACCAGCGCUCUCCCUCGGUGACUCCUAGCCCCACAUCAAGCUCCUCACCAAGCUCCUCACCAAGUUCAGUUUAUAGCCACUUCAAGGAAUGGCUAUUGUUUUCCUUGGCGUCUGUAGUUGUCGUUCAAGUUCUACUUGCUUGAUGGCCAUGCUGUAAGGAUGUCUGUCGCAUUUUGACUGAGAGCUGAGUUUAGUGUUUACGUUGCUAACUUGUGCUGUAAGGUCAAUAAACAUGCUGUGUGUUGCUGGAGUUCUUUGACUGCUGCCUUGUUGCCUACUAGAUGUUUGUUGUAAUAGCUUUUACUUUCGUUUGGCUUUCAAUUGAUUAAGGUUGAGCGACAUUGA